UUUCACGCGCAGGCUGCUUAUCCUUCGUGUGCGGUCUUCUUCUCCCCAGCUCCCUCUGCUCGCUCCAUCUCUGUCCGUCGCUCCUAGCCCCAGCUCUGGUGCCGCGUCUCCCUGCUCGCUCGCGCUCUGCCGAGCGGCUCUGCCUGCGCGCGCGUCCCUCAGGCCUGCGCGCGAGCUCAACAUCUCCCUGUGUUCGCUCGGCGCUCAACUCCCCUGCGCGCGCAGCCUUCCUCUCGGCACGUCGGUGAAGCUCUAGCUCUUGCUCGGCCGCUGUUCUCCCCUGCGUGCCGACUUCUCUGCUCCCGUCGUGAACCUCCUGCUCCCUCUGUCCGUUCAUGGCACGUCCAUCUCCUUCAGCUUGCUGGUCGCGAGUCCCUGCCCAUGGCCGAGGUCCCUUUCCUACGCGCGUGCUCGCCGUCUCUGCUCCUUUGUCGUGGUCGUCGCGCGCCUGCGCGCAGCUCGCGCCCUGCUAGUCCCUGCUGCGGGUUGUCGAGCUCUCUGCGCAUGCGCAGCUUGCUCUUUCGUUGUUUGUCGUGCGCACGAAAAUUCUCUGCUCGCAACGGCGUGUCAAGUUUCCGCGUCGAGCUCCUCUCGUGCGUGCCCGUCGUCGUCUCCGAGUUGAUUCUUAGCUGUCGUAGUAUUUUUAGUUAUCCCGGCUGCGUCUAUGGCCGUCAAAUCAUCAGAGUCGUUCAACUCGCCGAUCACCUCUUGGUCGAUCAUCGAUUUUCUAUUUGCCAUGAUACAACACCGUUGUUAAAUCCAGUCUCUAACCCGCCAUGGCGUUCGUCGUCCUCUAGUCCCAGUUCGACCCCACCUCACCAGCUCGCACCCGACUUUAGCUCAAAGUCGUCGUCGUUCCGUGCAUCAGCAAGAAAUCCCAAGAAUCGGGUGAAGACGAAGCUAGCAGCGCCAUAUUCCCCAAGCGCUCGACAAAUUGCCUGGACCGGAAAAUCGCUACCGAUCUCGCGGAUUCGUGUCAGCUGUGGAAACGAGGACCAAAACUGAGUCGACCACAAGAUGCUGGAAAGUGUGAGCUUCUCCGCAAGAUAAUAUUGAUGGAUUAACCCGAAGAUAGAUGGACGAAGCAAGUAUCGGAACAAAGGCUGAUCGUCAAGUGGUCGCCACCUAACAAACACUAACCUAGUGUUUAUUUCAGGCAAGCCCCGGUGCAUGCAACCCCUUCCUUGUGUUUUCAAAUAAUUUUUGCACACUUUAAGUCUAGUGAAAUGUGCAUUAGGUUUAUAGGAGUUGCUUGAAACCCUUUGAUGCAUUGCCUUCCUUGAUAUCCAUACCUUUAUAGAUACUUCUGGUGAAGUAUCAAAAUAUGAUUUACAAAAAUGCUUAGCCCUGCUUAGAUCUUGUGGUUAGAGGUUGUCUUUUGCAAUACUGCCUAGCUCAGGGGUUAUCCUGAGGAAAGAUGGCUUUUACCUGCAAGAAUAUUUUCAUUGAGAGCGUGGUGGGAUCUUACUGCAAAGUUCCCUGUGAUGCUCUUUUCAUCCUAAGGAACACAAACAAUCCUAAGGGUGGAAAUACUUAAAUCGGGACUUGGGCUAGGAACAGGUGAUGUUCUACCCAGGUUGAUUAAGGAUUGGAUGCGUAUGUAGGCUUGAUGAUCGAGGACCCUUUAACUGGUCACAUGCCUCGUCAUGGGUAAGCCUUGCCUCGGGCAGACUAAGGCCAGAA